GUUACCUUGGAAUCAAACCCACAACCUUGUGCUGUUAACGCAAUGUUCUACCACUUGAGCCACAGGAACACUAGUACAUACUAAUACAUGCUGUUUUAAGACCGCAGCAUGUCAUUCUUGCUCCCAGUAGAGUGUGUGUGUAUGUAUUGGCUGUAACUAAUGGAUACCUGUUCUUCAGCAGCAUAGCAGUUCUAAUUGGUCAAGAACUAACAUUUACAUUGUCACAUUCUUUGACAUGACAGCCUUUUAAAGUGUUACUGUAGAAUUUAUUCAUCCAUAAUGGUUGUCAAGUGAAAAUGCAACUUGUUGUGUUUUUUUUUUUUUUUUUUUUUUUUUUUUUUACUUCCAGGAGUCCUGUAAAACUAACUGGGAUCACAUUGAAGCCAUCACUGCAACAUUCAGGAAAAGACGAUAUAAUCGUCAACAGCUACAGCAAGAUUUCAAUCACCCGACAGUUGUCCUUUGCCUUUGAUGAUGGUCUGAGAGCCACUACUGAAACCAGAACCCUACUGGAAAUUGCCAGAGAUGUCAGAGAGUAUCAGAGGGUGACCAUCCAAGUCAAGAUCCUCUCUCUCUGCUUUGAGAAGGAGACCCUAACUCGAAGUAACAAGAAAGUAAUGAGGAAGACGUAUCAAGUGGCUGACAAAACCUCAAGCAUGGCUUUAAGUGUGUGGGGAGAUUGCCUGGUUGAAGUUGGAAAGUGGUAUGAAUUGCAGAACGUGUCAGUCCGGCAGUUUGACACGAAGCCAUGCAUUUCGACCACUUUACAGACCGCGAUCAAGGUUCUUCCCGACUUGGGUACCUGCUUUCAGACCAAUGAACACACCAUCACCACCAUUGAGGGAGACAUAGUUGACACCGAAAUCAAGAUCAGUCACUUGUGUCCAAAACUGCACAAGAUGGAUUCAGUAAACCCAACAACUCUAAUGAAUCGUUGCAUUAAAUGUGAUGCAUUCUGUAAGACAACAAAAAUUAAGUCCAAUUUAAAUGGCCAUGUUUCCAUUGAAUUAAAUGGAGUUCACAAGAAGAUCCUCAUGGAUGAUGGUCAACUCCGCGAGGUCUUAAAUUUGCCUGAAAAAUGCAGAGAUUCAUCCGAUGACCUGGCAACCAGAGUCCUAAGCCAUGACCGUCUAAGGGUCCAAAUGAUGGGCCGUGUACUUGUGAAGGCAGAAUUUGUUGACAUUCAUGAAAGUACUGCUGCCUACCCUGGUCCAAGUACUGCUGCCUACCCUGGUCCAAGUACUGCUGCCUACCCUGGUCCAAGUCCUGCUGCCUUCCUUGGUCAAAGUAGCGAAGCAUCCCCUGGUCCAAAUGCAACCAUGGAAAAAAAUGUGUCCGAUGCGGAAUCGGAAGGACUUGAUUUUCUUUUUUCUGAAGAAAAAUAAUUUAAGUUGUCUUUCAGGGAUGUUUUUUUGUUGUUGUUUUUAAAGGGGAGCUGUUGAGUUGUUUCUCUAUGCUUUUUAAUUUUCUUCUACCCCCCCCUUUUUUUAUGAACAUGAUAUAUACUUUAAAUACUGCUUUAAUAAAGCCUG